GGAAAACCUCAUCUACUGUCCACUUGAUAGGUGCACGCAGCUUCAGCUGUUGGGUCUAGGUCACAUUGACAUACCUAAUUCAGUCAUCAUCAUACGGUAUUGUCAAGAUGUGGGUUACCUCAGUCAGCUCCCUCCUUGCAGCUCUUGCACUCCUUCAUCCAGCGCUCGCGACGAAGCAUGACAAGAUCCCCUCUCGUCCGAAUGUGGUUCCCGGUCCCUACAAUGCUGGCAACGCAUCGCUACCUUCACCACCACGCGACAAGGACCGAUAUUGCCACGUGAAGCAAGGAUGCCAUGCGGGUCGCGAUGAUGCGCCAUACAUCCUCAAGGCUCUGCAAGAGUGUAAUAACGGUGGCACUGUCGUGUUCGAUAAGUCGUACCAGAUCGGGUCACCCCUAGAUCUUAGGUUUCUUAAGCACAUUGACCUUGUCAUCACCGGUGAUAUCUCCUUCGACGACUCGGAUGUGUACUACUGGCAAAACAACAGCUUCAAGUACACAUUUCAGAACCAAAGUGUGUUUUGGAAGAUAGGCGGAGAAGAUGUGAAUAUUUAUGGCGAUCUGACCCUAGAGGAGGGUAAGAGUGUCAUUGACGGGAGAGGCGAGGCAUACUGGAAAGCGAUUCAGACAGACAAAGCCCUAUUGCGACCUAUGCUCUUCGCGAUCGAUGGAUUGAAAGGAGGUACUAUGUCGAACUUGCGAAUGCGCAACCCACCGAAUUGGUUCAACGUCAUUGCGAAUAGCUCUGAUAUAAUCAUCAGCAAUAUGGACCUCCGUGCAGAGUCAUUGAAUGGCACGAAAAUUGCCAAUUCGGAUGGCUGGGACACCUAUCGUUCAGACCGAGUGGUUAUCCAAGAUUCAUAUAUCCACAACACAGAUGAUUGCGUUUCUUUCAAGCCAAAUAGCACCAACAUCGUCAUCCAAAACCUCGAGUGCAUUGGCUCACACGGCAUCAGCAUUGGUUCUAUCGGCCAAUACCCAAAUGAAACGGACAUUGUUGAGAACUUAUAUAUCUACAACAUCUCCAUGACUAACGCUAGCGAUUUCGCUAGAAUAAAAGUAUGGCCUGGUGUACAGACUAACUUUCAGACCAACCUCGCUGGUGGAGGAGGAACUGGUUACGUUCGAAAUGUCACAUACGAUCUCUUGCAUAGCAUCAAUAACGACAGAGCGAUCACUAUCACGCAGUGCUAUGGUCAGAGCAACAAGACGUUAUGUAACGAGUAUCCGGCCAACUUGACUAUCGAAGAUGUUACCAUGAAGAAUAUUUACGGAACGACAUCCGCAAAAUUAGAUCCAGAAGCGGGCACACUUGUUUGCAGCGCCCCAGACCGAUGCAAUAAUAUCAGAGUGGAAAACAUCACAGUCAAGGUACCUAGCGGGGAGCCACCCGUAUACGAGUGCAGGAACAUGGAAAACGAUCUAUUGAAACUCACCUGUAUCGCGGAAUCUGAUGAGAAUCGGGAUACUUCACAAGGAUAGGAGAGCGUUAUUUGUUAAACAUGUUGCAUAUUUGCUAUGGGUGCGGUAGAUGCGGCUUCGAGGAUCAGCCCCUUAAGUACGAUCCGGGUCCGUUCA